AUGAGGUGGUGGACCGCGCUGGUGGAGAAUUCGAAGACGGGGAGGGGAUUCCUUCAGACGCAAGUCUUGUCGUUUCAUUGCCUCUUUGGGCCAAGCUCGUCGAGGUGUGUGGGAGGGGGUAGCUGGCCGCCGGCCACUGCUGCUCAUGUCAGCACCUGGCACGCCGCACGUAGUGUAGUACUCCAACGGUCAUCGCAAACACCAUGUGCAGCAGUCAAUAGUCUAGACUGCAGCGCGGUUACGUCGGUCAGUCAGGUGACGAGGUUGACGAGGAUCGCAAAGCCCCCAGGUACCAACACAGAUACCCGUCAAGGUUCGCGAGAUCGUCAAGUUUCGGGGCGCUGCGGAGGGGGUUCCGGGGAGGGCAUGAAUACCUGCAGGCUGCAGUACGCAGUAAUUAGACAUUUGGCAUUCCAUGGGAACCUUUGUCACGUCGCGAUGCUUGGCUUGAUGCCUCACAAAUAA